GAUGAAAGAAGAGGAAGAGUGAAUCCAAUACACUGCAUAUCAACAAAUCUUCCUAUUACCAUGAAUAGCUUUCCCAUUUCUUUGAAAGUUUCAGCAAGCGCCUAAGGAACAUUUUAAGAAUCUUAGUCUCAAAAAAUGGGUGAUUUUGAGAUCAUUUCUCAAUUCUCUUGGCCUUUUGGUUUGCAUAACUAGUCCAUUGGUGUAACAAUAACUUAAAGAGUUUUAAAUAAAUCUCUCUUUAAAGGGGGGUGGUGGUUGCCUGAGUGGCUCAGUGGAUUAAAGCCUCUGCCUUCUGCUCAGGUCAUGGUCUAGGGUCGUAGGAUCGAGCCCCACAUCAGGCUCUCUGCUCAGCAGGAAGCCUGUCUUCCUCUCUCUGCCUGCCUACUUGUGAUCUCUGUCAAAUAAAUAAAUAAAAUCUUUAAAAAUAAAAUAAAAGGAGGGAGGAGAAGAAAGAGAAAUAACCAGAAUGCAUCCAUAUCUAAAUGAGGACAAAUUGGAUAAAUAAGACGUUAUCAGCAGUUAGAUGCACAGCUGACAAAAAUUAUCUUCAGCUAGGCGUCCUUGAGGUCUGAUUACAGAAGUUACCCUAGCCUACCUACACACCUAAAAUUUAUUUAAAAGACUGAGCUAGGCCCUUCCUGGCUUUUUAGCAAGAAGACUGGUAGGGGGAAAUGUAUCCCUUGCUAGUUCUUCCAGGCCAUGGCGCUUCUCAGCAACUUCUUCCUUUGGUUUUUCUGCUUUUCCUGGCUGUGUUUUCCUACUAGGCUUGGUUCUCAGGCUUCUAGAGGAGAAACUCAGAUUGCAGCUGGUGCUGAGUUGAAGUCUAAGGCUGAGCCUUGGUCCUUGCUGCGGCCUCUAGAUGAAAGAGACAGAUCUGACUUCCUUUCUCCUGUUUUCAGGGUACUGUAUGAUGGGCAAGGUGGCACCCCUAGACUGCAGCCAGACUCCAGAGCUUUGCGCUACAUGAAGAGGCUCUAUAAGGCAUAUGCAACCAAGGAGGGAAUCCCUAAAUCUAACAGAAGUCCUUUCUACAACACUGUUCGGCUCUUCACAUCCUGUGCCCAGCGCAAGCAGGCUCCUGGGGACCAGGCAACAGGAUCCGUUCCAUCAGUGGAUCUGCUGUUUAACCUGGAUCGUGUUACUGCCGUUGAAAACUUACUGAAGUCAGUCUUGCUCUAUACUUUCAGCAACUCCAUUUCUUUUCCCUCUGCUGUUAAAUGUGUGUGCAACCUGGUGAUCAAAGAGCCAGAAUUUUCUAGCAGGACCUCCAGUAGAGCUCAGUCCUCAUUUAACUUUAACUUACAGUUUGAAAUUAAAAAGAAAUACAGAUGGUUUGAGGUUGAUGUGACCACUCCUCUUCGGCCUCUAGUGGCCUCCAACAAGAGAAGUAUUCACAUGUCUGUCAAUUUAACCUGCGAGAGAGGCCAGGGGCAGGAUUCUUCAGCCUGGGACAAGCCAUUUAACGUGACUCUUCUAGUGCCCCCCUCACUGCUUUUAUAUCUGAAUGACACAAGUGCUCAGGCUUAUCACGGGUGGUAUUCCCUUCGCUACAAACGGAGGCCUUCACAGCGUGCUGACCAGAAUGGUGGUCUGUCUGUCUGCUCCAAGGGAAAAGGGUCGGCUGAGGGUGUAAGAUCUUCCCGCCACCGGAGAGGUCGGGAAACUGUCAGCUUGGCAUUGAACAAGACUCUGGUUCCAACUUCUUUGAAUCUGAGUGAGUACUUUAAACAGUUUGUUUUUCCCCAACAUGAGUGCGAGCUCCAUGACUUCAGGCUUAGCUUCAGCCAGCUGAAGUGGGACAACUGGAUCGUGGCCCCGCACAGAUACAACCCUCGAUACUGCAAAGGGGAGUGUCCCAGGGCUGUUGGAUAUCGGUAUGGCUCACCACUUCACACCAUGGUGCAAAACAUCAUCCAUGAGAAGCUCGACUCCUCAGUGCCAAGACCGUCAUGUGUUCCUGCUAAAUACAGCCCUCUCAGUGUUCUGACCAUUGAGCCAGAUGGCUCAAUCGCUUACAAAGAAUAUGAAGACAUGAUAGCCACUCAGUGCACCUGUCGUUAACAUACGGUUCUGUAAGCUAAAACCUUGAGCCUCUUCUGCAAAGGACACACUGUGUGCCUCUCUGUGCCUUCAAGGGAGAGCGCUGUGUCAAAUGGCUGUAACCUGCUCUGUGAUGCGUAAGGAUGUUGUGAGCCCAUCCUGGGGCCUCCAUCAGUGUUAAGUAGUAACAUCUGCCUUUAUUUUCAAAUGUAAAAGAAAUUUCUUUGGAGGGCUUUAAAUUUUUGUUCCUGAGCGAUUUAUUUUUUCUUUGCAUUGGAGUCUUGUUUUUGAUAUAAGAAAAAAAAUCUUAAUGUAAAUCUUGGUUGGAAUUGCAGCUCUAAAUGAACAGUUCAGAGGGCUAUAGUUUUAUUUAAUAGAAGAAUAAAUUCCUCUCAGUGGCAUUAAUUGACCAUGUGUGUG